AUGACUCGAUCCACCGCCCUCCGCGCAGACUUCUACCAGAUCCUCGGCCUGUCUUACCCAUGCCCGAGUCUCUCCAAGCCGCAGCUCAAACUCGCCUACCACAAAGCCCUGCUCAAGCACCACCCCGAUAAAGCAGGCCCCGUGGCUGGGGCGCCGUUCCCCGGGGCCGCUGCAUCUCCUGCCGCGGCCGACGCAUACACCGUCGACGAGAUUACAGCUGCGUAUAAGACGCUUAGCGACCCGGUGCAGCGGGCCGCAUACGAUCAGGCGCUGCGGCUGGACCGGGCCAAGGUCGCGGAGCGGGAGAAGAUGGGCGACGUGUUCCACACAGGGCUGGAGGUUGUGGAUCUGGAGGACCUCGAGGAGGACGAGGCGGGCGCGUGCUGGUUCCGUGGAUGCCGGUGCGGCGAUGAGCGGGGAUUCUUGGUGACAGAGACGGAGCUGGAGAGAGAGAUUGAGCAGGGCGAGAUUGUGGUCGGGUGCCGCGGGUGCAGUCUAUGGCUGAAGGUGCUGUUUGCGGUGGAGGACGGUUGA